AUGAUCAUGAUCGAGACCUCCAGCUCUGAAGAGCUCGUUGUCGAGAAGAGCAAGCUUGCCGUCCGGGAAACCGACGAAUCCGCCAUUCUAGCACGCUACGGUGUCGAGAGACAAACCGACGGGCUCAUCAACUGGCAACGAGACUGCAAGACGCACCCCCGGAAUUGGACUCUCUCCAGAAAGGCGUUCGACACCGUGAUCAUCAUCUUCUUUGAAUUCUACACCACCGUCAUAAGCACAACAGGAGCCGUGGCGGCUGCUGAAGCUGGGCCAGAGUACGGACUAAGCCGCCAAGCAUCAUUGGUUGGCUUCACCCUCAUGUAUCAGCUUGGCCAGGCCGUCGCAGGCUUCUUGAUACCUCCAUUCUCGGAGCUCUACGGCCGUCGGAUCCCCUACCUCGUAUCCUGCGCCGCGUUCUGCUUCUCCUGCCUCCUAACGGGCGUGUCGCGUUCAUCCUCGGCGGUCUACGUCGGCCGCUUCGUCGCAGGCCUCGCAUCCGCCGUCCCGUCCGUGGUCAUCGCCGGCAGCGUGGAAGACAUGUUCAACACCAAGCGCCGGGUCUGGAUCAUCGUCCUGUGGAACGCCGGGGCCGUGAUCGGGCUGUGCAUGGGGCCCGUCUACGCCGCCUACAUCUCAGACGCCCUCGGCUGGCGGUGGAUCUUCAACAGCGCCGCCAUCGUCACCGGAGCUCUGUCUGUUGCCCUCUUCGGGAUCAGGGAGAGCAGGCCCAGCCUCUUGCUAGGCCGCAUCAUCCGAGAUAUCAGGAAAGAGACUGAGAUCCAGGAGUUGAGCUGGCACAACCCCGACGAGGCGCCCGACUGGAGAGCUCUGGUGCAGAUCAGCAUCAUUAGGCCGGCGAGGAUAUUGCUCACGGAGCCUCUGGUCAUCAUGGUCGCCCUCAUCUCGGCGUCGUCCUGGAGCAUGAUCUAUCUGUUCACGGAGGCGCUUACGAUCGUCUACGUCUCGCUCGGCUUCACCAGGACGCAAGCCUCACUGCCGUUCCUGGCCAUCGCCGUGGGGGUUCUCUUCACCUUCCUGCCUCGGCUUUGGGAUAUGAAGGUGGUUCGGAACUGUCAGCGCAAGCAAGUCCCCGUCCAACCGGAAGACAAGAUCAUGGGCUUCGCCUUCGCAGCACCCGCCCAGGCCAUCGGCCUGACAUGGUUCGCGUGGACCAUCCCGCCUCUCGUCGGAGGCGUCCACUGGAUCGUGCCCACAAUGUCACUUGUUCUCGUCGGAUUCGCCGCCAACGAGACGAGCCACACGCUGAGCGGGUACCUUGCAGAUUCCUACCUGCUGUAUUCGGCGUCGGCUUUCUCGGGGCUGGCCCUGGUGAGGGCGGUCGCGUCGGGUCUGAUGCCGCUCGUGGCCCACGAGAUGUACGGCGCAUUGAAUGCCAACUAUGCCGGGACGGUUCUUGCAGGACUGGCGGCUGUGUUCUGCAUAACGCCGUGGAUCUUCUUCCGGUUCAGCAAGCGGUUGAGACAGAGGAGCCCCUUUGCGAGGUUCAGUCUCGAGACGCAUUACAGAACGAACGUCGAGGCGAACUGA